AUGAGGGUGCAAGCACGCAGUUUUUUGAGCGAAGCCGUGCUUCUUUUGAUCUGCUGCGUGAUACUGUGCGCAGCGCGCUGUCGCGCGGACUCCCUCGCCAAGUGCAGGACCAGCGUGGAAAAGGUGUCCUCUUUGGACCGAGGCCAGCUGAGAGCGCACCUCGCGCCGGACGAGAAGGGAAAAUUUGAGUACUUCUCUCAGGCAAACGGGACGAAACUAGCCUGCUUCAUACCCCUCGCGGCGCCGAGCACCAGCCAGCUCGAACCCAAGAAGUCGAAGCGUCCGUCGCCAGAUGGCCUGUUCGCGCUGCUGAAAGACUUGUGCUACUACUCGGUCGAAUACGAGAGCGUGUACGAGGUCUGCGUGGGACGGCACAUCAAGCAGUACGAUUUGGACGAGAAGCGAGGCAUCCAGAAAGAGGUGCUGCUGGCGAACAUGAGCGUCGUGAGGGAGGUGAGGGAGAACCCCACGGAGUAUAUCGAGUACUAUGACGGGGGCGAGUGGAUUGAGGAAAUCAAAGUGCACAACACGGCGGAGAUUGCGUGGACCUGCGCGUCCGGGAAGACGGCGGUAACUGGCGUGUACACGCCAAUACCAGGGCACCAUGUGGUGUGGAUGAAAACGCCGCUCCUGUGCGCACACGAAAAGUAUGCGCUGCAGACAACACAGAGGGAAAUAAAGUGUUUUAUAGAAUGA